CCGGGGUCUAGGCACCACGGUGGACGGCGGCCUGCCGGGGGCGCUGUGGCCCGCCGGGCGGCCCCUCAGAGCCGCCAUAGCCUCCCGCGUUCUCCAACCCAACGUCUCCGCCGUCCGUUCCGCGGCGCCGCCAUGGCCGAUGUGGAAGACGGCGAGGAACCCUGUGCCCUGGCCUCUCACUCCGGGAGCGCAGGCUCCAAGUCGGGAGGCGACAAGAUGUUCUCACUCAAGAAGUGGAACGCGGUGGCCAUGUGGAGCUGGGACGUGGAGUGCGAUACGUGCGCCAUCUGCAGGGUCCAGGUGAUGGAUGCCUGUCUUAGAUGUCAAGCUGAAAACAAACAAGAGGACUGUGUUGUGGUCUGGGGAGAAUGUAAUCAUUCCUUCCACAACUGCUGCAUGUCCCUGUGGGUGAAACAGAACAAUCGCUGCCCUCUCUGCCAGCAGGACUGGGUGGUUCAAAGAAUUGGCAAAUGAAGUGGUUAGAAGGCUUCUUAGUGCAGUUGUUCAGAGCCCUGGUGGAUCUUGUUAUCACAUGCCCUACAAAGGCUAGAACACUCCAGGGGAUUAAUUCUUCAAAUAGGAGUCGAUGGAUGUGUGGUCCUUUGGGAUUCAUCAAAGGCUUGGUUUAGCAUUUUGUCAGGUUUAUUUUCAGAAAUUCUCUGCAAUUAAGAAGAUAAUUUAUUAAAGUUGGUCCUUCCUACCUCUGUGGCGUGUGUGGCACACACAGCUUAGAAGUGCUAUAAAAAAGGAGAGAACUUCAGAUUGAAUCACCUUUAUAAUUUACCCAUUUCUAUACAGCCGGCUGUGGGAGCAGUUUCAUUCAGAAAACUUUGCAUGCUUAUGGUUGAUCAGUUAAAAAAGAAUGUUACAGUAACAAAUAAAGUGCAGUUUAAAACUCAA